AUGUCGAAUUUGCAAAGUAAUUUCAAUCAGAAGAUCGACUACGUGUUCAAGGUGGUGCUGAUCGGAGACUCAGCGGUGGGAAAGUCUCAGCUCUUGGCUCGUUUUGCUCGGAACGAGUUCAGUUUGGAGUCAAAAGCAACAAUUGGGGUUGAGUUCCAGACUAAGACGCUCGUGAUCGACCACAAAACCAUCAAGGCCCAGAUUUGGGACACCGCUGGUCAAGAAAGAUACAGGGCGGUGACAAGUGCUUACUAUAGAGGUUCAGUGGGGGCAAUGCUGGUCUAUGACAUAACCAAGCAUCAAUCAUUUGAUCAUGUAACCAAGUGGUUAGAGGAAUUGAGGGGGCAUGCUGACAACAAUAUUGUCGUGAUGCUUGUAGGUAACAAGUCUGACCUUGGAACACUGAGAGCUGUACCUUCUGAGGAUGCGAAGGAGUUUGCCCAAAGGGAGAACCUAUUCUUUAUGGAGGCAUCAGCACUUGAGGCUACUAAUGUUGAAUCUGCAUUUAUUACAGUCCUAACGGAAAUUUAUCGAAUCCUUGGCAAGAAGUCCCUCAUUGCCAAUGACGAAGCAGAGUCGGAAGGGAGUGCCUCACUUCUCAAGGGUACAAAAAUUGUUGUCCCUGGAAGAGAGCCCGAGCCUCAAGGAAAUAGCUGUUGCUGGUCUUCAUAG